AUGUGGAGUGCAGGGCGCAAUGUGUCAAACUCUGCUCCCUUGAGUCAGACACCGAGGGGCUCACAGGUUCCUCCCGAGUCACCGGAGGCGCAGGUGGAUUCACAGCGGAAUUCUUUGAGUGUGUCUCAUGCGGUAAUUCCAGUUGAAACCAAUUCAGCCGUGGUUGCCAGUAAUGGCAAUCCGUUCAUUAAAGAAGAGAGCUAUCGCGGCCGCAGUGAAUAUCUCGGCGGCAGCGUUCCGUUUGAUGAAAAUAUGGUCAAACCCGGUCGCGAAACUACGUACACCAACCCCAAAGCAUCAGCGACCGACUUGCAAAUGCUGCGCGACCAGGGUGCCUUUGAAUUACCUCCUGUAUCGGUUCAAAAAGAACUGAUGGCCAGUUUCAACAUGCACUGUGCACCCUGGACACCGGUUGUGGACCCGAAAUGGCUGGAAGAGAAUGCGCCACGAUCGAUGCUGCUCCUCCAGGCCGUCUUCCUCGCUGGAAGCAGAGUUUCCAAAGCUCAUUUGGACUAUGGGUCUAGCGAAGUGUUUUACCGACGAGCAAAGCUACUUUUCUUUUUUGGUGGUUGUGACGACCCCUUGAUUUCUAUUGUGGCCGCCUGCCUGCUGCAUUGGUAUAAUCCAGUUGGACCCGAGGAUGUCUCCACCGACACCAGUGGUUUUUGGAUUCGAACAGCUGGAGCAAUGGCCUUUCAGAUUGGGCUACACAAGGAACCCGCGCCCAAUGCCCGAGAUCGCGGCCUCCGGAGAAGGCUGUGGUGGUCUCUCGUGGUGCGAGACAAUAUAAUUUCUGUUGGCGUCGGCCGACCACGGACUAUCAAUCUACGCGACAGCGAUGUGCUUCCGCCAUCAAUCAAAGAUUUCCCCGUGAACAACUUCAAAUCUCAAUUAUUCCUAGCCUACUGCACGAUAUGCCGGCUUCUGGGAGACACAGUCGAGUCCCACUUACGACAGGAAAUCUCUCGCCAAAGGCAAGUCGAUCUCGAGAACGCUGUCUACCGAUGGGCAAAACAAGUCGUUCCAAGAUUACGAUCAUCUGUUGCAGACCAAGACGAUGCGGCUAUCUGUAAUUUCGAAGUUCAACAGCUACUGGUCAAGUAUUUCGUGGUGCUCACUAUUCUCCAUCGCUCACCUACGCCAGGUAGCGUACCACCCCCAGCAUCGCUGGUCGCAUCUUCGUUCAUUGCGGGGAUUUACGAGGAAUUCUUGCUGCGCGAUGAGCUUCGAUACCUAGGCCCUGUCUUUGCAUUCUAUCCACUAUGCGCUGGACUGUCCCUUCUUUCUAGCUGUCGCUAUUCCCACCUGCAGGGUACCGCCGAACAUGAAUUAACAGUCAUGAAACUCUCCCUUCAAAAGCUAUCCGAAAGGUGGCUCUCAGCGGUCGGACCCUUGCGCGCACUGAACAAAUUGACCGACAAAGUCCGGGAGCUCGGUCUUUUCGGCGAUUCGUCGCCUACUCUCGACCCGGACGCAGCCUCUUUCUUUGAGGGGUUCGACACAAGACUCUGCAAACAAUGGCAGAUCAUUGGACACUCCUCGGAGCCUACAAGUGGAAACACGGGCAUCUCGCCUACCUGCACUAUGGCAGACAUCCAAACCCCUAAUGAUGCCCUUCGUUCCCUUGAUGCUCCGCCAGGACAACCGGUGGAUGCUUACGACUUUGCCUCUCUUGAUAGCUUGAGAAUCGGUGUCACAAAAAAGGUCGUUGGUCCCGGUCCAUGUCUAAUUGAUAUGCUCAUGGUUUCCGUGCCGUGCGUCCGCCCUACACGCUGGGCUAUUGUGCAUUCCACCACGGAAUCUGAGGCCACUGGGCGACACAGAGUGAGCCCCCGUGUGAACACCCCCUGCGCGGACCUCUCGCCGGCCUCGCUGAUCCACUUCCAUUUUUUUCUGCUGGGCCUCUACCCUUGUUACCCGCGUACGGAGAUCCGCGUACUCGGCCUUUGUCGCAGCUUGAGACCUGAGCUCAGCAAGCUCAAGGCGACUUUCCGAGGCCGCUUACCGCUGGGACUGGCGUUUGAACCACCAGUCUCAGGCCUUGAUCCCAUCGACUAUGAGUUGCCGUACCAGUAUCACAAUGCCAAUUAUCUUGGUUGA